UUCCGUCUUGAAAUGAAAUCGAGAGAGGAGGCGUUCAUACAUCGAUCAGUCACUGCAUCAGGAAGGAAAGGAGAACAGCUGAUACCAAGUGGAGAAAAAUGUAAUAACACAACAUUAAUGACUUUUCGGGUAGGAGAAUUUCCCAUACAAUUUUUUUUCGGAAAGCCUUCAAAAAACCGACGUGAUCUACAAGGAAUUCGAGGAAUAGCCAUAAGUGCUGUUGUAUUAUUUCACUUCUUUCCGAACCUAUUUCCAAAUGGACACAUUGGGGUUGAUCAAUUCUUCGUUCUAUCCGGCUUUCUUAUGUCUAUGGUGACCGAGCGAGAGAAACGAUUCAGAAUAAAGGAAGUGGUGAAUUUUUAUUAUCGUCGCUCGAAACGCAUUAUGCCAUUGUAUCUGCUGCUGGUAAUGAGCUGCAUGUUCAUCUCGGAACAUUGCCUAUUCGGUUAUCUACACCCGACCAAUUGGGAUUCAGUUUACUCUGCAUCAAUCUUUAUGACGAACAUCAGAGCAACUGACAGUAUAAGAGAAUAUCAUGAAAUGCUAUCGAGAGCAGCCGAUUUUUUUACCCACACAUGGUCUAUAUCAGCGGAAAUGCAAUUCUACAUAAUCUUCCCAUUGCUUUAUCUUAUAUAUAAAUCGAUGCACAAUGUGUUAGCGACACCAUUUCUAGUGAUCGUUGGUAAGUUUAGAAAAAUUCUAGAUUUACACUUACCCAUGCCACCGGAUUUGUUUAACGACGAAUUUGCUUAUCAGUUUAUGGAUAUUCAUGGAAAUACCAGCGCUAUUCCUGAGGUUCUAACUACAAUAUCUUAA